AUGGUAGUAAAACUACCGAUGUCUGCUUUUCAAGAAAUAUUCCAAGAAUACCCAGAUAUUUUCGUAAGAGUAUUACAAGUUAUUAUGGUUAGGUUGCAGAGAGUAACGUUUACAGCAUUACACCAGUAUUUAGGCUUGAGUGCCGAGUUAGUUAGGCAGCAUCCAAAGCAGAAAAACUCGCCAAUGAAGAAAAAGAAAGAAGAAUCUGCCCUCAAUACUACUCUUACAGACACUCCGACAGCCACUACUCAACCUAUACCAGUGCCUGGUCAUAGAAGAAGUAAAUCAUCGUUAGAAUCAAAAUCGUUUUCACCAGGUGGAAAUUUCACAAAUGGAAUGGCAGAAUCGGACAGUAUUCCAAGUGGUACUGUAUCUGAUUGUGGUUCCAUACCAAAAAAGAGGCUAUCAAUACAAAACCCGGAUAUUAAUGAAGAAGAAUUAAUAGAAGUAGCAACCGUGGCAUUUGUCAAAGAAUUAGGUUUAGAAGAUUUAGAUACUUUAAAAGGAAAAGUAGAGAUUAGGGAAGUGUCUGCAGGAACAUACUUGAUGAAAGAAGAUUCUAAUAAGGAUGCAGCUCUUGUAUACAUAAUCGCAGGUGCUCUGGUGGUCUCACAAAGAGUCACCGAAGGUGAAGACGAAGUUCACAUGUUCACUGCGCAUCCUGGUGAAAUAGUAGGAGGAUUAGCAGUUCUGACGGGGGAACCAAGUUUUUUUACCAUUAGAGCUAAACACUUAACAAGAAUAGCUUUAAUUUCCAAGAGUACAUUUUAUACUUUAAUGAAAGACCAACCCAAAAUAGUUCUCCAUAUAGCUCACUCCGUAGUAAGGCGAUUAUCUCCCUUUGUAAGACAAGUCGAUUUUGCUCUAGACUGGAUAUUUAUGGAGUCCGGUAGAGCCAUAUACAGGCAAGACGACGAAAGCGAUUCUACUUACAUUGUUUUAUCUGGCCGAUUGCGUUCUGUGAUAACUCAUAAAAAUGGGAAAAAGGAACUGGUGGGUGAAUAUGGAAAAGGAGAUUUAAUUGGAGUGGUGGAAAUGGUGACCCAAACAAAACGAAGUACAACAGUGAUAGCAGUUCGUGAUUCUGAAUUGGCCAAGUUACCAGAGGGAUUAUUCAAUGCGAUAAAAUUAAGAUAUCCAAUAGUUGUUACCAGAUUAAUUAAAUUGUUAGGCCAUAGGAUUCUAGGUACUUGGAAGAAGCCGACAUUGAAUAUACAUGACACUAAUUCUCCUGCCGUGGAUACUAGACCAUCUUCAGUUAAUUUUUCGACGGUAGCUAUCGUUGCCGCUUCAGAUGAUGUACCUUUGACUGCCUUUACUUACGAGCUCAAUCACUGUUUAAGUGCCAUUGGAUCAACUUUAAGACUGACGUCGGAUGUAGUACGUAAGACAUUAGGAAAUUCCAUCAUGGACCCAAAUAACGAGUACAGACUUUCAUCUUGGUUAGCCCAACAAGAAGAUCAACAUAGGAUCUCGCUAUAUCAAUGUGAUCUAACUGUAAGCGCUUGGACGCAAAGAUGUAUACGACAGGCUGAUUGUAUUCUGAUAGUAGGACUAGGUGAUAAUCAUCCUUCCUUAGGAAAAGUGGAAAAAGAAAUUGAACGAUUAGCCAUACGGACUCAAAAAGAAUUAGUCUUGUUGCACCGAGAAGGUGGUAAACCGAAAAAUACAAUUGCUUGGCUAAAUAUGAGAAGUUGGGUGUCGUCACACCAUCACAUAUUAUGCCCGAAUAGAGUAUUCGCUAGAAAAUCAGUUAAUAGAAUUAACGAAUUAUACUCAAAAAUUUACGCAACGCAGCCAAAUGUACACUCUGACUUUUCUCGAUUAGCCAGAUGGUUGACAGGAAAAUCUGUAGGAUUAGUAUUAGGAGGAGGAGGUGCUAGGGGCUCUGCACAUGUAGGAAUGAUCAAAGCAAUCUAUGAAGCUGGAAUUCCUAUUGAUAUGGUAGGAGGUGUUAGUAUUGGAGCAUUUAUGGGAGCCUUAUGGUGUCAAGAGAGGAACAUGACGACUAUGACUCAAAAAGCAAGAGAGUGGUCUAAAAAAAUGACUCAGUGGUGGCGUCAAAUUUUAGACCUUACUUAUCCAAUGACGUCCAUGUUUAGCGGUAAAGAUUUUAAUCAUACGAUAAAAAGUACCUUAUCCGACACGUACAUAGAAGAUUUGUGGUUGCCUUAUUUUACUGUUACUACUGAUAUUACUUCAUCUUGCAUGAGGAUCCAUUCACACGGUCAGCUGUGGAGGUAUGUAAGGGCGAGUAUGUCGAUAGUGGGCAUCUUUCCUCCAAUCUGUGAUCCUACAGACGGGCAUAUGAUUUCAGACGGUUGUUACGUUAAUAAUGUACCAGCCGAUGUUAUGCGCAGUCUUGGAGCAAAUCAUAUAUUGGCAAUCGAUGUUGGUUCCGUGGAUGAUCAAGAUUUGACCAACUACGGCGACGAUCUAUCCGGUUGGUGGUUAUUGUGGAAGAGAUGGAACCCUUUUACCCAACCAGUAAAGGUUCCUAACUUGCCAGAUAUACAAUCCAGAUUAGCUUACGUUAGCUGCGUUAGACAAUUAGAGGAAGUAAAAAAUAGCGAUUACUGUGAAUAUAUUCGUCCUCCUAUCGACAAAUACCGGACCCUUCAAUUUGGAAGCUUUGACGAAAUACGAGAAGUUGGUUACCAGCACGGUAAGGCCUACUUCGAGGGACAGCUCAGAGCUGGCAAUUUAGCAAUAGUCAAAAAUAUUAUGGAUGUACACAGAAGUUCCACUACGAGUACACAAUCAUCAUUAGGAAACUAUACGUUUACUGAUUUAGCACAAAUGGUUUGCAAAGUAUCCAGACCAUAUGAAGAGGAAGAAUUAAAUUCGAGCUCCUCAUCUGAAGAUGAAGGUAGAGAUGGAUACGCGUCGGAGCCAACAGUUGGUAUAUCAGAAUUUCAACGGCAGCUAAGCUGGCAUGGUUAUGAGAUGUCCACCACACCUUAA